AACAUACAACGCCUUGCUCUAGGAUCAACUUUUGCAAGUGUAUAAGAAUCCGGAAAAUAUCACGCGCUCUAUACAAGACCUUCUAAAGAAUACUGAUACAUAUUCAGCAUUAUAUACAUACAUAUCCUCAACCUUCAAAGAUAUUUAAUUUAAUUUGGCGUUAGCCUGCACCCAAAAGAAAAUUAAGAGACUAUUAAACUAUGACGUGGCUGUAUGGAUGAAAGUCCUUUGCCUAACCUAAAAAGAAUGAAGUGAUUAAAAAUAAAAAUUGCAUUAAAAUCAUAGAAUCAUAGAAUUAAUUUAUUAAAACUUUUUCAUGUAUACUUUUGCUCUCGGCCUUUUCUUCUCUUUUCUUUAAUAUAUACUUUUACUAUUUGAUUAAAACUCCGUCUUGAGGUUUUAGUUUUUGAUAAAAUUUUAUGAAAAUUACCUAGCUGUUAUCAUGAUAAAAAGACCGAAACCUGGUGAAGGCGAAGAUGACUUACUUCAAAUGCAGGAAGAAUUUCUAAAACAGAAAAGCCUAAACCCAAAUCUUCAAGCAGCAGCACAAGUUACUAAUUUACGUCCAUCUCAACCAUCUAAAAGAGCGAGUACAAGUGAUUCGAGAGGUAGAAAACCCUCAAAAUAUGCACAAUCGAAGGGUCUCCGAAAUCACGAAGAAAAACGGGCUCGAAUUGAAGAUACAACAAACUCAGUAAUGGGUGAUGUUUUAGAAAAAAAUAUGGAAAGAGAUGUUGCAACCUUAGGCCUCGAUAAUGAUAAUGUAUACUUCCCAAAAGUGAUACCUUCAAUAUUAGGUAACAUUGUUGAAAGAAAUGUCAGUGACUCUAUUGAUCUGUCUUUUAAAUCAAUGCCUGCUGAAGGAUUUCCAGUUGUAUGUAAACAUAAUAUUAUUACUGAUAAUAGUGGCAUUGUGCCGAAAAAUCAAUUUUUAAAUCAAUCAAAUUCUAUCAGUUGCAUGGAUAUUGACCAACCAUCUACUUCUGAAUGUAAUAAAGCAACAAAUAAAUCUUUCAAACAGCCUUCUAAUUUACCAACAAGAAGUUUUGUUCUCUCAUCCAAAGAUUCCAAUGAAAUACACAAUGAAAACAUAAAAAUUUUAAGUGUGAUGUCUGAAGAUGAAAUAUUGCAAGAACGUACAAAAUUAUUGACUACACUGGAUCCAAAGAUAGUUGAAUAUCUUAAAGCCAUAAGGCAACAAAGACCUUCAGAAAAAUCAGAUGGGGAUAAAAAAGUAAAUACUUCAGAGAAAGAAUCGCAAGAACUGGAUGUGCCACAAGGUUUGGAUGAUGACAAUGAUACUUUAUGGGAAAAUGAUAUUCUGUCCCAUCCUUCACUUAGCAGGUGGUUACAUUUUGAUUCCUUCGAAAAGGAUAAGUUAGAAUGGAUGAAAGGUAUCAAGAAGAGCAAAGAAGUGCAACCCAAUGAGCCAUAUGAAGCAAGAUUUGACUUUAAAGGAUAUUUAAUGCCUUACACCAUAGAGUAUACAGAAUCUACUAAAUCUCUUUUCCAUCAUGGUGAAGAGCCACAUCGUCCUGGUUACACAGUUUCUGAGCUGUUAGAACUUUCUCGGUCUGCAGUCAUCCAACAGAGAGCUAUGGCAUUGAAUACUAUUGCUGGUAUACUUGAUUAUCAUAACAUGGGUACCUACAAAGAUGUGAUAGAGAUUCCAUUGAGUAAACUUUUUUUUGUGAUCAGGUUUGCUAUGGAUGAAAACAAAACCAUUAUUUUAGAGCCAGCAUUAAGGGCUAUGCGAAAUUUGCUUUACCAUAAAUUAGAUGAAGCAUGCCUUGAUGCUUUGAUUGGAUUUGAGGAGGGCACCCAACAACCAUGCUUGGAAAAUGACAAGUCUGAAAUAGAAGAGCUAGAUUCAAAAGAAACAGAAUUGAAAGAUUUCCAUUUGGCUGAAAUUGACAUAAUAUCAGCUCUUCUGAGGACCAAUAUCCUUCAGAGGCUAUACUAUAUUCUGGAAAACAUUAAACCUAGCUUUAAUUGUGUACAAUAUUCCAUUCAAAUUUUAAUAAGAUUAGCAAGAGAUUCAGUUGAAACUGCAAAUCUAAUAAUUGAAAGUGACCAUCUGAUGAAAACUCUAAUUGAAAAAUUUGUGCCUACAACGGGCAUCAACUUUACUUUUGAACCUGAAAUUGUUUACAAUGGCAAGCCAAUAUUGUCUGCACUAAAACUUCUUCGAGUACUUACAUUGCAAACACAAAACAUUGGCAUGAAGUUAGCUAUGAAUUAUGAGAUUCUGCAACCAAUAUCAGGUUAUAUAAGCUCUGGUGUUGAGGGCACCUAUGGCUUAAAGAUCCAAACAGAAGCAUUUUGCAUUCUUACAAAUUUGUUGCAGUAUGAUAUUGGAACAGAUAUUUCUAAAUCCCUUUUUCCUGUCAUAAUUAUGGCAUUAUACAAACAUGUACAAGGCACAAAUGUAUUUGUACAUUCAUCAUUAACAUCACUCACACAUGCAGCAGUGGUGCUGCAAUUUUUAAAUGUGUUUUUACGUUUUAACAUGGUUAACAUGCAUAGUUACAAGCAACAAAUUUAUCCUUUGCUUAAAGAAGGUGUCCAGAAAUGGAUAAUGCAAUUGGCAAGCUCUGAACACUAUACUUGUGGCCACUUGAGGCUUGUGUCUUCUAUUUUGGACUGCUGUAAAACCAUUUUGAUUAAUGAAAAUGUGGUAAUCAAAGUUUUAGGUGAUUUGUUAAAAGUUUUAGAGCCUUCACAAUGUUUCAAACAAAUGUUAAAAUACCUAGUGCCUUCUUCAAAUCUAUUGUCUGGUAUUAAAAACAGUGAUCUUUAUUUAAUACGAAAUUUAAAGAAUCUUGGGACAUCUGUAGUGGAUAGAUCACAAAUAAUAUUACCCCUUUUAAACACAUUAUCCCCUUUGCCAUUUUUAGCUUCACUUUAUAAAGUAUUAAGUUACAUAAAUGAUAGAGUGUUAACACAAAUGUAUAUAGACCAUUUAAAGGAAUAUUUAAUAAAUAUAGUUAAAAAAGUGCCAUCACUAUGUGAUAAUUGGUUUACUAGAAUGGAAAUAGAUUUUCUAUUUUUUGCCAUAAAAGUAGCAAUUCAGAGUGACAUGCCAGAAUCAAAUAAAGAAUUAAUUUAUUCAGUAUCAAGCAAACUGUGUUAUAUAAUGAGAAAUGAUAAAAAAUAUGACCUGAAUUAUAUUUUUAGAAACAUUGUGUUUAAUAAACACUUCUUUUCAGCUGAAACACUGUUAAAUCUUGUAUCCUUGUCUGAUACUGAAGGAUUUUCAAAAGUAUUGUCAUCAAUAGAUGAUAUAAGGCUGUGUUACAGUAAAGUUAUAAACUCAAAUUAUAGAUACACCGGCCCUAACAUCAUGUUGCGUGAUUGGCAGCAGCCAAUACUGCCGAGAGAUUGGAUAUAUUUGCCUAUACUCUUGUUGUACAGCAAAAGUCAAGAAUUCGAAAUGUCACCAACAAAUGUCGGUACCUACGCCAAAAGGGCAGCGAGAAAUGAGUCCACUCAAAAGGAGCUUAUUAUCGUUUGUAGUUUAGAAUGGAUAUUGUUUUACGAAUCAUGUUUUCCAGACUUACUCAAAGAUAUUGACAUUACAGACAGGUUUUGCAGAAUAAUGUGUGUAUUCCUUUGUGAUAACUCUUUAUUUUUGGAUGAGAAUGUAAAUAUAUUACUGAAAAAGUGUACUCAACUCCUAUUUAAGAAGAAAUCGCCAUUUAAUUUUGAUAAACAAUUAACUGGCUUACAUAACUUUCAAGAUUUCUACACGCAGUGCUUGGAACAAUUUCAGUCAGUAAGCUAUGGAGAUGCAGCAUUCGCUGCGUGCGUUCUUGUACCUAUUGCUCAGAAGCAUAACGUAAAAUGGCGUAAGCUUUUAUGGUCGGAAUAUGCUGGUUGUCUGAGAGCUCUUGAUUGCCCAGAAGACUUACUGUGCUACAAAAUAAACGAAUAUUUAUACCCAGUAGAAACAGAUGAAUCUCUCAUCCGGUCCUAUCGUCAAGCACUUUCAAGCAAUCUAUUACGGCCUGCCACAAUAGUUCAUAGGAUAGCACUACAUCAUGUCGAAAUGUAUAAUAAAAAACGAAUUGAUGUUUAACUACUUGUUAAGGAUAUUAUUGUAUUUAUUCA